AAAUACAGAGAGGUCCAAUACAGAGAGCGUCGACUGUACAUCGAUGUGUACCCGUGUAUAAUUUAGUUAUAUGUAUGGAUCCGGAACAUUCAGAGUACAGAAUAUUUUCUUUUAAAUUAAUUAAAAAAUGAUGGCUGAAGAUGAAAUGAUCCAUUACGGUUAUCGAAUAAGAUCGAGUUAUAACAGCGUGAAUUACAUACAAUGCAUUGCUAAAAAUCGAGAACAAUGUCCAGCUCAUGGUGAAAUAAGAAACGAAAGAAUAAUAUGGAGAAAAAAUCAUAAUCAUAAUCCCAAUGUGAUGGAUGACAUUAUUAGGCAAAUGAAGAAGGAGCUUCAUGAAGCAACAGAGUUAUCUCUUCAAGAUUUAAGGAGUAUUUAUAAUCAGAUAGCAUUGUCACAUCCUGAUGCUGCAGCUUUUGUAACUUUUCGGAGCAUAGAAAGAUCUAUGAUGAGGUGGCGACAAGCUGUGCGUCCACCAAUUCCAAUCUCACUUGAAAAUUACGCAGAGAUUUUGAACGAUCCGAAAUGGAAUCAUUUAACUCAAUACCCUACCGGCCGAUUAAAUGUUUCUACAGUUAUUGGAAGAGAUUCUUCUGUUGCUACUGUUAUUGGGGAUCCACACAGUUCUUACAAACUAUAG